CCGGCGUCAGUCCGUUAGUCUCCGUCUGCGCUUUGUACAGCAACGCGUGUGUCACCGCCAGUUCCUCGCAACACACCGAGCUUCGUCCGCCCGUGUCAGUGUCGCGCGAAAUAUUUAAAUGCCGCGAAUGUUCUAGUGAUUUAUAACAAUAAGGUUUCAAGCCCAAGGCGGUGGUCAACUGUCUGAAAGAACCCAGUGACUCCUCGACGAAGAGCUGUUCGUUUCUUCCCUCAUCCUCAGCCACAAGGUCAAACGGGGAGGUGCGGUUACAUUAGGGGCGGGUGGAGGGCGGCGGCGCGAUGAGCUAGCGGCAUGGCGGGCGAGGGGGCGGGCCGCGGCGCGCGCUGUCACGUGGGCGACUCGCCCCCGUGCGCGCCCACGGGCUACGCGGCGCCCGCGCCCGCACACGAUGCCCCGCUCGACCGUGCCUUGCCGCCGGCGACCGCGCCCGCGCCUCCGCCACCGCCCGCGCUUGCAGCCGCCGCGCUGCAGCGGGCGCACUCCAGAUUUGCAUUUGAAGUAAAAAAUAUCCUUAAAGGACUCUGUAUAGACACUAACACCAAUACUGUACACGUUAACAACUUUGUAAGAGACGCAAUGGUGCGGUGUGUCGCGCCGUGUUGCGCGGAGUCGCACGAUGUGCUCGGGCCGCCGUGGACGCGCAGCCCGACCUCACGCGGUGCAUGCUUGCAGGUGAUCGCGGUGAUAUCGAUCCUCUUCAUCGUCCUGUCCACCAUAGGGCUAACCCUGAACACGAUACCCCAGAUGCAAGUGUACGACGAGAAGGGCGCUCCCAUGGACAACCCGCAGCUGGCCAUGGUCGAGGCCGUGUGCAUCACAUGGUUCACACUCGAGUACGUGCUUCGGUUCAGUGCCUCGCCGGAUAAGUGGAAAUUCUUCAAGGUUUUGCCGUAUUUCGUGUCUCUUUUCCUUCUUGAAACAAAUAAAAACGCGACGGACCAGUUUCAAGACGUGCGUCGUGUCGUACAAAUCUUCCGUAUAAUGCGAAUCCUCCGCAUUCUAAAGCUGGCCCGGCACUCCACCGGCCUGCAGUCGCUCGGAUUUACGCUCAGGAACUCUUACAAGGAGCUCGGGUUGCUCAUGUUGUUUCUCGCGAUGGGAGUGCUCAUAUUUUCGUCGCUGGCGUACUUCGCCGAGAAGGAGGAACCGGGGACUAAAUUCAUUUCCAUUCCGGAAACGUUCUGGUGGGCCGGCAUCACCAUGACCACAGUCGGAUACGGUGACAUUUACCCCACGACCCCGUUGGGCAAGGUCAUCGGCUCAGUUUGCUGUAUCUGCGGCGUGUUGGUAAUUGCGUUACCCAUCCCCAUUAUCGUCAACAAUUUCGCCGAGUUUUACAAGAACCAGAUGCGCCGUGAGAAAGCGCUGAAGCGGCGGGAGGCGCUCGAGCGCGCCAAGCGCGAGGGCUCCAUAGUCUCCUUCCACCACAUUAACUUGCGCGACGCUUUCGCCAAGAGUAUGGACCUCAUCGACGUCAUCGUGGACACAGGUCAGUACUACUGCUGCGGUAAGUUAUUUCUGCUAAAGCCUUUCUUUGGUUACAGCAGCCCUAAAAAGGAGCGCCGGUACUCGACAGAGGGCGCUGGUUCGCCGGAGAAACGAUUGCUCAUUGAGCCCACACCAGAAAAGAAAAUGGCUGACAAACAACUUGACUUGGAUCAGCUGCCUUCUGAGUUUGAAUGUUGUUUUUGCACGUUCAAGGGCUACAAAGAGUUCAUCGACGGCACGGACAGCGAGCUGCUGCUACAAGAGACUACUUCGCUCGGUGCUAAUGGCGAUUCGGGUAGCGAAUCGUCACCGAUUCGUUUAAAAGACUUCAAGAGUCAAAACCACAAGACUGGCGCGACAGAGAGAAGUAACCUGGUGACAUAGGCUGGCGCAUGACGCGACCUCUACCGACUCCCGCGAUCUCCCAACUCCUCUCAUCUCCCGCAGGAAGAACCAUCCCUUCCACUCGGAAACAUUAGAUUUAACAUGUUCUAAACUAAACACGUAUAACAAUUAGUGCGCAAUAAUAAAUACAAAAAGAUAAAAAUAAUUUUUACAUAUCAUUGGGCGAUUGUGACUGCUUGUUGAAUAUAGACGAUUUUCAUUUUGUAGAGUUAUAUAUUAUAUAUUGUAAAAAAAAUAUUACUUAAUGUAAUAAUCGUUCAUUCCAAUCGAAAACUUAAAAGUACCUAUUUGUUAAG